CACAAGUCCGAUCGCAAAGUAUGGAUCGCGACGACGGACUCGACGACGAGAGACGCCUGAUCGUCUCGAUGAUGGGGCAGACCGGCAUAAGCGGCUCGAUAGUCCCGACCCUCGGAGGUGAGGACCGCAAGGCGAAAAAUCCCAGGAGAGUCGGCGAGUACCUGCAACGCUCGAGGAACCCCACCGACAACGUGGACUCGACGCAAAAUCUCAAAUGCACGGCGCGACAGGAGCUCAUGUUAUUGCGCAACGGGCGAAUCGACGAAUCCUCGACGGCCGACAACGACAAUCCGAACCUGGCCAACCACCGGUACUCCCCCAGACGCCGCAAUAUCGAUUUGAGCCAGUGGAUGAGCGACCUGGAAACCGCGGAGGCGGAACAACUCAACCAAAAGCACAUACUGAAGUCGAGAGCGGCGGUGGAUUCGCCCUUCACAUCCCGAGCUCUGAAGUUGUGCGAGGGGGACGACAAGUACGGGCGUCACGUGAGGGCCAUCCGCAACAUCAGCCCCGGCGAGGUAGUGGCCGUGGAGAGGAGCGCCCUGACCUUCGUAUGUCCCCACAGGACGUACGUCUACUGCUCGCACUGCCUGAAGGCCUGUUGGGCGGCGCGAGAUUGCGACUACUGCAUCCACAGCGUGUACUGCUCGUCCACGUGCAAGCGCCAGGCAUGGCUCGAGUACCACAGCUACGAGUGCCUCGUCCAAGCCCGGCUGAGGACCAACGACGAGGAUCUGUGCUGCCUGACCGGUUUGACCUUCGUCAAGGCCGUGCUGGCCAUUGUCCACAGGGUCGGUGGCAUCGACAAGCUCAGGAACAGUGUCGCGCAUCUACGGAGCUCCGGUGGAGUCGACUGCUCGGUGACCUAUGGCUUGGACGAAAUCUACAAUCUAGACGUCGGUGGGAUUUAUUGUCGCAAGGCUCGCGAGUUCUCCGACUAUCCCGAGCACGAGGUCACGACGUGGACGCUGUUUGCUUGCAGGGUUGCGUAUCUACUGGUGAAGGAGACCUUGUUUUUCGGGGAAUCGCGUCGCGGCGCCAGUGACUCGUUGCGGAUGAUCGUCGAGGACCAGGACGUCCUUUUUGUAACGGCUCUCGUACUCCGGAGUUUUCUCGUCUUUCCGUUCAAGCACUUUUAUAUCUACGGCUACUCCGAAAACUGCGACAAAACGGAUCAUUUGGGCACUGGUGUUUAUCAGUUUUGCAGCAAUAUGAACCACAGCUGCAAUCCAAAUGCCGAGUACUUUGUCACGGAGGACAACGAAUUGGUUGUCUUUGCUCGGCAAAAAAUUCAAAAAGACUCGCAGAUAUUCAUAGCUUACCGUAACUGCAAAUUCACGAUGGCACCGAGAAUCGAGAGAAUAAGGGAACUUGAAAAGUUUUACUCUUUUACUUGCACUUGCGAGGCGUGCAUCAACGACUGGUCUACAGAUACUUUGGUAUCCUUUGAGGAUCUAACGUGCAAAUCUAAAGAUUACAAUAAAGAAAAGUUUAAUAAUUUUAUACAUAAACUCCAGAGUAAUUUGCUCUGUUAUGGUUAUAACGAUGGUUUGAAGUACUUGAAGGAAACCAGAAAAUUUUUUAACUUCAUGGCGAUCCAAAAGAUACCGGUACUCAGUGUACCUCAUUAUUGUCUGGUACAAUACAUUUUUAUGAUAUUUGUCAAGUUGUUUGGCCAUAAACUUACAUCAAAACUGUAAAUGCCACGAAAUAAUGUUUAAAAAAAUAUUCACUCGUCUGUUGUAUACAUG